AUGUCCCUAUAUGUGUCCAAUGUGAACAUAAGGAAAGAGGGACCCUUGAAAGGACAGUGUUCACAAAUGUUUGAAACUGUCUUUUGGGGAGAUAUUGCCUUAGAUGAUGAAGACUUAAAAAUCUUUCAGAUUGACAGGACGAUUGACCUUACGCAGCACUCCAGCGAAAGACUUGGCCAUAAUACAGGUGGCUUUGGAGAGCAUGGACUAUCAAAAAAACGGGGUGCCCUCUAUCAACUUAUAGACAGGAUAAGAAGAUUUGGCUCUGGCUUUGAGCAAAAUAAUACAUUUAAAGGAAGAGCUAGUAUAAAAUUCUCAGGGAAAAAUGAGAAAAAUCGAUUUCCCAGAGCUGCUACAUCACGGACAGAAAGAAUAUGGCCAGGGGGUGUCAUUCCAUAUGUAAUAGGUGGAAAUUUCACUGGCACUCAGCGCGCCAUGUUCAAACAGGCAAUGCGGCACUGGGAGAAAUACACGUGUGUGACAUUUAUUGAACGAAGUGAUGAAGAAAGCUAUAUUGUAUUUACAUACAGACCAUGUGGGUGCUGUUCUUACGUGGGCCGAAGGGGAAAUGGUCCUCAAGCUAUAUCUAUUGGCAAGAACUGUGAUAAAUUUGGUAUAGUUGUCCAUGAGUUGGGACAUGUGAUAGGUUUUUGGCAUGAACAUACACGACCAGACCGUGAUGACCAUGUCACCAUCAUUAGAGAAAAUAUCCAACCUGGUCAGGAAUACAACUUCCUGAAGAUGGAGCCUGGAGAGGUGAAUUCCCUUGGUGAACCAUAUGACUUUGACAGCAUUAUGCACUAUGCCAGGAACACCUUCUCAAGGGGCAUGUUUCUGGAUACCAUUCUCCCUUCCCGUGAUGAUAAUGGUAUACGACCUGCCAUUGGCCAGCGUACUCGUCUAAGUAAAGGAGAUAUUGCACAGGCAAGAAAGCUGUAUAGAUGUCCAGCCUGUGGAGAAACACUGCAGGAUUCUACAGGCAAUUUUUCUUCUCCAGGAUUUCCAAAUGGUUAUCCUUCCUACACACACUGCAUAUGGAGAAUCUCUGUAACCCCAGGGGAGAAGAUUGUUUUAAACUUCACCACCAUGGACCUUUACAAGAGCAGUCUGUGUUGGUACGACUAUAUUGAAGUAAGAGAUGGCUACUGGAGAAAAUCACCUCUGCUUGGCAGGUUUUGUGGUGACAAACUGCCAGAAGUCCUCGCAUCUUCUGACAGCAGGAUGUGGAUUGAGUUCCGCAGUAGCAGCAACUGGGUUGGGAAAGGUUUUGCAGCAGUUUAUGAAGCUAUCUGUGGAGGUGAAAUCCACAAAAAUGAAGGCCAGAUCCAGUCUCCCAAUUAUCCUGAUGACUACAGACCAAUGAAGGAAUGUGUGUGGAAAAUAACUGUGUCAGAAAGCUACAAUGUAGGAUUAACCUUUCAAGCAUUUGAGAUUGAAAGGCACGAUAACUGUGCAUAUGAUUACUUGGAAAUUCGAGAUGGAACAAAUGAGAACAGUCCUUUAAUUGGUCACUUUUGUGGCUAUGACAAGCCAGAAGACAUUAGAUCUACCUCUAAUACGUUGUGGAUGAAGUUUGUUUCUGAUGGAACUGUUAACAAAGCAGGGUUUGCUGCUAACUUUUUUAAAGAGGAAGAUGAAUGUGCCAAACCUGACAAUGGUGGCUGUGAGCAGCGCUGUGUAAAUACUCUCGGCAGUUACCAGUGCGCCUGUGAUCCUGGCUAUGAACUUGGUCCUGACAAAAAGAGCUGUGAAGCUGCUUGCGGAGGACUCCUGACAAAGCUAAAUGGGACUAUAACCACACCAGGGUGGCCCAAAGAGUAUCCUCCAAACAAAAACUGUGUGUGGCAGGUGGUUGCACCGACCCAAUACCGAAUUUCAAUGAAGUUUGAGUUUUUUGAGUUAGAAGGGAAUGAAGUUUGCAAAUAUGAUUAUGUGGAGAUUCGUAGUGGCCUUUCGUCUGAUUCUAAACUACAUGGUAAAUUCUGUGGUACAGAAGUGCCUGAAGUUAUCACCUCUCAGUACAACAACAUGCGAAUUGAGUUCAGAUCCGACAACACUGUGUCAAAAAAGGGCUUCAAGGCACACUUCUUCUCAGACAAGGAUGAAUGUUCAAAGGACAAUGGUGGCUGCCAGCAUGAGUGCAUCAACACGGUAGGAAGCUAUGUUUGCCAGUGCCGAAAUGGAUUUGUACUGCAUGAGAACAAACAUGACUGCAAGGAGGCUGAAUGUGAACAGAAGAUCCAUAGUCCCAAUGGCAUCAUCACGAGUCCCAACUGGCCCGACAAGUAUCCCAGCAGAAAGGAGUGUACGUGGGAAAUCAGUGCCACCCCUGGGCAAAGGGUCAAAUUGACCUUCAACGAAUUUGAGAUAGAACAGCAUCAAGAAUGUGCUUAUGACCACUUGGAAGUAUUUGAUGGUGAAAGUGAAAAAUCACCAAUUCUGGGACGCUUGUGCGGCAAUAAGAUACCAGAUCCUCUUAUUGCUACUGGAAACAAAAUGUUUCUCUGCUUUAUUUCUGAUGCUUCAGUUCAAAGAAAAGGCUUCCAAGCAACGCAUUCUACAGAGUGUGGCGGUCGUCUGAAAGCUGAAACCAAGCCCAAAGAUCUGUACUCACAUGCUCAGUUUGGCGAUAACAACUAUCCAGUUCAGGCAGACUGCGACUGGCUGCUGGUGGCAGAGCGUGGCUAUCGGGUUGAGUUAAUGUUUCAGACUUUUGAGGUUGAAGAAGAGGCAGAUUGUGGCUAUGAUUAUGUGGAGCUCUUUGAUGGUCAUGAUAAGACAGCUGUGAGACUUGGUCGAUUUUGUGGAUCUGGG